AUGAUUGAAACAGUCAUCGAGGUCACCUUUUACUUAUCCACGGCGGUGACCUUGUUUAUAUUCAUGCUUCCAUCGCAAUAUGAACCGACGCGAAACCAAAAUAGCAAACUUGCCAAUGAGCCCAAAACUAGCGUGCAGGUCCUGGUUUUAGGGGAUAUCGGUCGCAGCCCUCGCAUGCAAUAUCACGCUUUGAGUAUCGCCCAGGGAGGUGGUAAGGUGGACCUCAUCGGCUAUCACGAUUCGGAGGUCCAUCCCGAUAUCUCUUCGAACCCUAAUGUUUCGAUUGUUCCUCUCCCUUCGCAUCCCUCCUCGCUACAAACGAGCAACAGGCUUUUUUUCCUUGUCUUUGGUCCUUUGAAGGUUCUCUUCCAGAUCAUUUCUCUGUGGUGGAUUUUGGCCUACCGUACAAAGCCGGCCAAAUGGCUUCUUGUCCAGAACCCUCCUUCCAUCCCGACAUUGGCAAUCGCGUCGCUCGUAUGUUUCUUCCGCCAAACCAAGCUAGUCAUCGAUUGGCAUAAUUUCGGAUACACCAUCUUGGCUCUGAAGCUUGGGGACAGCCAUCCGUUGGUGAAAGUCUCCAGGUGGUACGAAAGAGUUCUGUGCAGAUCUGCCGUCGCCCACUUAUGUGUGACCCAAGCGAUGGCGUCAUUCUUGAAGAACGAAUUUGGACUUGGGUCACCCAUUGUGCCUUUGCAUGAUCGACCAGCAAGCCACUUUCGACCCAUGAUAGAGGAGCGAGAACGUCUCGAAUUUCUCCUAUCACUACCUGAAACAACCCCGGUGCGCGGCUUGAUAAAGAAGAAUAAACUCAAGGUCAUCGUGAGCUCGACGUCUUGGACCCCAGACGAGGAUUUUUCGCUCUUGAUCGAUGCUCUGUGUCAGUAUUCUGAACUAUCAAACACAUCUAAGCCACAUUUGCCGCACAUUCUUGCAAUCAUAACCGGCAAAGGGCCGCAGCGUGAGAUGUAUAUGGAACGAAUAUCUAACCUACAAAAGGACGGAGAACUCCGCAAAGUUACCAUAUGUACCGCUUGGUUGAGUACAGAUGACUACGCACGAUUGCUCGCAUCCGCCUCGCUAGGGGUCAGCCUGCACACCAGUAGUAGCGGUGUGGAUCUACCAAUGAAGGUAGUGGAUAUGUUCGGGUCCGGGCUGCCCGUGCUUGGUUGGAGCAGAUUUGAAGCAUGGCCAGAAUUAGUCACUGAGGGUGUCAACGGAAAGGGCUUUGGAAGCUCUGAUGAGCUGGUAGAACAGCUUAUCGACCUUCUUGGAAACCCAGACAAGCUGGAAAGUCUCCGCGCGGGCGCACGAGACGCGAGUUCGUAUCGCUGGGACGACGAAUGGACUCCGAAAGCUGGGAAGCUGUUUGGGCUUGUGUGA